UUCCCUCCAAAUAUCCCCAAAGCAAAGGAAACAAAAGGGGGGAAAUUAUAAAAAAUUUCAAAAUUUUAAUUUCAAACAGAAAGUCGCUCAGUCGGCUGCUGCUGUCUCUCUCUCUCUCUCCUGAAUGAGACUGUGAGCUAAGCAAAGAGACAGACAGUCAGAGAGAGAGAGAGAUGAUGGAGGUGGAAUCAGGUGAGGGCAAGAGCAACUCCAACCGCAUCAACGAUGCUAAAAAUCAACGGCGAGUAGGCUUAAUUUACGAUCGGAGGAUGUGCAAGCAUCGUACGCCUGAUGAUGAUUAUCAUCCCGAGAAUCCCAAUCGCAUCACUGUCAUUUGGAACAAGCUCAAACUCGCCGGAAUUCUCCAACAAUGUGUGCUUUUAAAUGCAAAAGAAGCUGAGGAUAAAUACAUUUGUUCUGUUCACUCCAAAAACCAUGUUAAUUUGAUUCGAAAUGUAAGCUGCAAAGAGUAUGAUUCAAAGAGAAAGCAUAUUGCGUCCAAAUUAAGUUCUAUAUAUUUAAAUGAAGGAUCAUCAGAGUCUGCUUACCUCGCAGCUGGCUCUGUCAUUGAGGUUGCUGAGAAAGUGGCAAAAGGGGAAUUGGAUUCUGCUUUCGCUAUUGUUAGGCCACCUGGACAUCAUGCUGAAUAUGAUGAGGCAAUGGGAUUUUGUUUAUUUAACAAUGUAGCUAUAGCAGCAAGUUUUCUACUUGAUGAAAGGCCAGAACUUGGAAUAAACAAGAUUUUGAUAGUUGAUUGGGAUGUUCAUCAUGGUAAUGGUACUCAAAAAGCUUUCUGGAAGGAUCCUCGUGUUCUGUUCUUCUCUGUUCACAGGCAUGAGUUUGGCAGUUUUUACCCUGCUAAUGACGAUGGUUUUUACACCAUGGUUGGAGAAGGACCAGGUGCAGGAUAUAAUAUAAAUGUCCCUUGGGAGAAUGGCCAGUGUGGGGAUGCUGACUAUCUUGCAGUUUGGGACCAUAUUUUAGUUCCUGUUGCCCAGGAAUUUAAUCCUGACAUAAUUAUAAUAUCUGCAGGAUUUGAUGCAGCUCUUGGUGAUCCUCUAGGGGGAUGUCGGGUAACACCGUAUGGAUAUUCAGUUAUGUUGAAGAAGUUGAUGGAUUUUGCUCAAGGUAGGAUUGUUUUGGCAUUGGAAGGAGGAUACAAUCCUGAUUCCAUAGCAAAUUCAGCCCUGGCUUGCAUGGAAGUUUUGUUAGAAGACAAACCUAUUUCUGGAUUUUCUGAGGCAUAUCCAUUUGAGUCAACAUGGCGAGUAAUACAAGCGGUUCGCCGGAUAUUAAGUGCAUUCUGGCCAACACUUGCAGAUGAAUUACCAACUAAGUUGACCAAUCAAAAAGCUCCUCCUCAUAUUCUACUAUCAAGCUCUGAAUCUGAUGAGGAGGAGGAUGAAGCUUCGAAAAUUGUAUCAGAAGACCUAGUUUCAGCUGGUGAGGAUGUUGUAGAACCCCUUUUGAGGUUGAAGAUUGAAGAUAAUCAUGAUCAAGUAAAUAGUGCCCUAUGGAGAUCAGAGCUGUCCAAGACUGACAUUUGGUAUGCCACUUUUGGAUCAAAUAUGUGGAAGUCAAGGUUCCUCUGCUAUAUCGAAGGUGGACAGGUUAAAGGUAUGAAAAAACCAUGUUCUGGUUCAAUGGAUAGAAAUCCUCCGAAGGAGAUUACCUGGAAAACUUGUCCUCACCGUCUUUUCUUUGGUCGUGAUUUUAACCAAACAUGGGGUCCCGGAGGGGUUGCUUUCCUUCAUCCUCAAAGCAACAGCCAAGACAAAACUUACAUGUGCCUCUAUAGGAUUACGCUAGAGCAGUUCAAUGAUGUUUUGCUUCAGGAAAAUAUUUCAGUUCAUGACAUGAGUUCUCCUUUUUUUGAUCUAAAUGCUUUGAACUCCAUCCCAAAUGAAGGUUCCUUUUCCGUGGAGGCUGUCAAGGAAGGCUGGUAUCAUAACGUUGUUUACUUGGGAAAGGAGAAUGAUAUACCUAUACUGACCAUGACGUGUCCCCUCUCAGUGAUGGAAAGCUUUAAGUCGGGAGAGAUUCCUUUGCGUGCUCCUUGCAAAGAAUAUGCUGAGACUUUACUAUUAGGCCUGGUCGAAGGCAAACAGCUAUCAGAAGAUGAGGCCACGACUUACAUUCAGGAAGCAACCACAAAACCAUUAUGAUUUCAACUCUUUGUUGCCAGCAUUUCGUAUGUAAAUUUCUGAGGUAAUAGCAUUGAUGGUCCAGAGUCGAGCAAUUCUUGUUGCCCAAACAAGUAGUAGAGUAGAUGAUAUUGAUAGGGUAAUCUCCUUUUAUGUGUGAUAUACAUCCAUUUUAUG